AUGCAGCGCGAGCAACAGCGAGCGCCAGCGUUGUCCCUUCAGCAGCAACAAUCGGCGCCAGAACAGAAGCAUUCGGCGGCGGAUAGCGGUGCGGCGGCCGCCUUGCCUCGGAUGUCCCCAGUAAGCGAGAGUGAAGGAGAGUGGAUUCGCGUUGAGGAGCCUCACAGGCAGGGCACAGAAGCGCCUAACCCGGAAGAUCAGAUGGGUCGUCGCCCGUGUCAACGCUUUUGUGCGACAGUGGAUGACUCUGCUCCCUUGUCUUCCCCUUCUGCACUUGGGGCACCGCGAGAGCAAGUCACUCGCUAUCCAAUUUGUAUCGGCAGUGCCACUCAAGCUGAAGUGGGCACGGGGGCAGAUCACAGCAACAUAGAGAUGCUGAGUGGAAUGGUCUAUGGAGAGGCAAGUGAAGGAGACGGUUGGGCCGCCUCUAACUUCCCAAAAGAUUGCGUUGGGGGAAAAUCUGUCCAGGCAAGCCAGAAGGGUGUUUUUGCUCGCCUAUCCCUGUACGCCAAGUCCGUAACCAGCUCUUUCACCAGUCAUCUGGCUGCGCAGCUGAAGGCGGAUCCCGCAAGCGCGAGCGGAACAGACGACUUUACUGAUGUCGCCACUCCCCAGACAGAGCUGAGUGAACUCAACGCCCAGGCCAAACAUGCUCCACGGCAGAGAGACAAACUCCUGCAGGGCAUGCUUGAGUGGCAUCGCUGCAUCCUUGAGAUGUAUGGGGGGACCAUUGAGGACAUCACAAGACUCGCCUUGCAAGUACUGCCUGCCCAUGCAGCAGAUGAUCAGAGUGAACGGCGGUUUCUGAUAAUCCAGGGGUUGUUUGACGUCUUCUGUCUUUACCGCUCCCAUUUCCUCUCUCCUCCAGGAGAGCUGUUGCAGGCUGAGGCGUUGCACCACCAGUGGAAGCGCCGCAGGGAUUGCUCGUUGGAGACUGCGGGGAUUUCAAGCGUAACAGACAUUUCUCGAACUCCGGCGGUGCCUUUGCUUAACGCCCGGCCUGUGGAAGGGGGGACAAAUACUGUGGAAGGCCUGCCAACUUCCAUCCGACUGGCCCUUUACGGAGCGAUUUCUCUCGCAUUGAAGGUAAUCCGCGCUUUGCAGUUGUUGCUGGAGGUCAGUGCUCUGCGGCGAGGAGGAGAAGGCCCGCGCUUUGCUCUGUGUCUCCGCCUGGAGUUACUGAAGCUCAUUCUUAAGCUGGUGCUACGUGCCUUAACUCCCUUUGCCUUCUACUGCGACGAACAAAGCAUAUCGCAGGCCCUCGCGACGCAGAAAGAGAAACGGAUCAUAUCCGAUAGUGAGAAGCUCCGUCCCUUCUACGGUCGACGCACCGGCAGGAAAAUACCACCCCUUCCAUCUGCAGCGCGCCAAGUGGCCGACGAUCAUCAGGCACAGAUUACUGCAGCUGCUGAACAGCAGCUUCCUCAGCAGUGGGCGCUUCUCGUGGUUUUGUGGCUUUUCAAUGAGCUUAAGGCGAAUACAUCCCCGUCUCGUCUACGCGUUCUUUUGAAUCUUAUGCACUCCACUGCUUGGAGGCCCGUCCUGGGGGAGGUACUGUACCAUAUUCGUCCGUUUAUUCACCUCUAUCUUUUAAGGCGGGCCAAGAGCACCAAGUCAUGGACUCCGUGGCUGGUAGCCAUUUUUAUCGAGGCCAACUCUAUCUCGCUGUUGCACGGUUCUCCGCAAGUGAUGGAGCAUCUUUCACCUGUUGAGGCUGCGGAACUUCAUCGCCGGCUAACAGGGUUGCCUUACGCCUUACUGCGUCCCCCGUUUUUCGACAAGUUCCUUGCGCGGCCUGUCGAAGCCAUUGACUUCGUGGUGCGGCGUGUGCCGCUUCUUAAUCAUUUCAAUGUAUUGGAUGCAUUCCUUACCUACAGAGACCUUUACUUCACCACUUCCAAUACCUGA